UGGUUGGUUGUUCAGCAAAAUCUCACCGCCGUGUAGGUAGGAUUGUGUUCACCAUGUUGGAUCAAGUGCAGCUCCUGUUUACCUUCUGAUCAGCUGGAUCAUGGCAGCGGAGUUCCAGCGGGCCGCAGUGUGAAGGAGCCGCUGCCUGGCUGCCGACUGACAGCGGCGAGCCUCCACAAACAACCGGAGAAGCAGGAGAAGCAGCGGGAGGAGGAGGAGAUGAGGCUACCCGCUCUGUUAGCUAGCUCCGAGCUGUCAGGUUGAGAAGCUGUCGUCUUCACUUUGGCAGCAGGGAUAUUUAUCUAACAUUAAAGCUGAACUUUUCUUCGCAUUUCAAUCUCGUCUCUUUCGGUUCUUAUUCCUUUUUAAUCAGAGCGGAAGUCCCUAAAAACAAGGGUUCCGUCGGCGGAUCUUGUCAUCUGGAAGGAACUGAGGGUUUGGGCUGAAAUGCUGAGAGAAACGGUGGAGAUGACGGAGGUUUGUGUCUGAGCAAACUGCUCCAUGGAUGGAUGGCGGCGGCCUGGGCCUGCCUGCCUGCCUGCGUCUGCUCUCCGAUUAUCGCCUUAGCGGGGAUACACCCCCUCUGCACCGGAUCUGCGCCGUUAAUCACGGCUCGGAGAUUACCUCUGGUUACGGAAUAGCUGGCUGGCCUGCGCGCAGAUAGAGAGAGGACUCCGUUUGGUUCAGCAGAAGCGCUUUCCUGGCUGUUUGGAGCCGCUCUAUGGGAGGGUUUGCGGCGCUGGGAAGAACUUUUUCAGCUGAACGCUCAUGUGACAGGAUUUAGAUCCGCGUGUGGAGCUUUCAGUGCGGGUAGGCUGUGCGAUGGGGGCAUCAGAGGCCACUAACUUCCUUUAUUCUGGGGGGUUCGGCCUUAUUUCUACUCUGAUUUAACUUUAACUUCAUAAAACCGAUGGUUUGCAAGCGAGAAUUUAGUUUUAGAUGAAGUUAAAGCAGAUGUUGCAUUAUGAUAAACAGUCCUGCCAACUGUUUUCAUGACAUUUUCUAUGAAGUUUUAAAGUUUGAAAGUCAUUUAAAGCUGUUUGAUGGUUCUGAUAAGUUCUUCUAACUGUGAGGCUGCAGCCUGGUAGCCUUCAUCUCCAUCCUCUGGUCCUUUGAAUGACUGAAUGGCUCUUUGCAGCACAACUGCCACAAGUGCGAAAAUGAUGGCUGCUUACAACGGAGGCUCUUCAGCAGUAGGGGCCCAUCACCACCACCAGCUGCAGCACCUCCCGCCUCCUCACAUGCAUCACCACCACCACCACCACCAUGCAGGGCAGCAUCACUUGCAGCACCCGGGCUCCGCUGCAGCUGUGCGCACCGUGCAGCAGCACACAUCCACUGCUGCCGCUGCAGCAGUGAUGCUCAAUCCGGGCCAGCAGCAGCCCUACUUUCCCUCUCCUGCUCCUGGACAAGCUCCAGGACCUGCUUCAGCCGCAGCUCCAGCCCAGGUUCAAGCUGCUGCCGCUGCUGUCAAAUCUCACCACCACCAUCAUCACCAUCAGCAACAGCAGCAAAACACACACCACCUUCAGCCGCAACUGGACAUAGAGCCUGAUAGGCCCAUCGGCUAUGGUGCUUUUGGGGUAGUCUGGUCAGUGACUGAUCCCAGAGAUGGAAAGCGGGUGGCCCUGAAAAAGAUGCCUAAUGUCUUCCAGAAUCUUGUUUCUUGCAAGAGGGUUUUUCGGGAGCUGAAGAUGUUGUGUUUCUUCAAGCAUGAAAAUGUACUCUCUGCUCUGGACAUUCUACAGCCUCCACACAUCGACUACUUUGAAGAAAUCUAUGUUGUGACUGAACUUAUGCAAAGUGACCUCCAUAAGAUCAUUGUUUCACCGCAGCCUCUGAGCUCAGACCAUGCCAAAGUUUUUCUCUAUCAAAUUCUUCGAGGACUUAAAUACCUGCACUCUGCUGGAAUUCUGCACCGGGAUAUCAAACCUGGCAACCUCCUGGUCAACAGCAACUGUGUGCUCAAGAUCUGUGAUUUUGGGCUGGCCCGUGUGGAGGAGUCGGAUGAGUCCCGACACAUGACUCAGGAAGUGGUGACACAGUACUACAGAGCACCAGAGAUCCUUAUGGGCAGCCGCCAUUACACCAACUCCAUCGAUAUUUGGUCUGUGGGCUGCAUCUUCGCAGAGCUGCUGGGUCGGCGUAUCCUCUUCCAAGCUCAAAGUCCCAUUCAGCAGGUAAUCUCUCUAGAGUCGAAGAGGAUUUCUGCCAAGGAUGCCCUGGCCCACCCUUACCUAGACGAGGGUCGACUCCGCUACCAUACAUGCAUGUGCAAAUGCUGCUACACCACGUCCUCUGGCCGCGUUUAUACCAGUGACUUUGAACCGGUCACAAACUCCAAGUUUGAUGAUGGCUUUGAGAAAAACCUGACGUCUGUGAGACAAGUCAAAGAGAUCAUCCAUCAGUUUAUUUUGGAACAACAAAAGGGGAGUCGAGUUCCCCUCUGCAUCAACCCUCAGUCAGCUGCUUUCAAAAGCUUCAUAAGCUCCACCGUGGCUCAGCCCUCUGAAAUGCCUCCGUCUCCUCUUGUGUGGGAAUAGCUGCUGCUGUGCGCCAUCAUUUCCCAGCUGACCAGGUGGAACCGGAAAUCAGCUGAUCAUCAUCUUCAUCAUCUUCUUCUACGUAGCAUUUCACUGGAGAGCAGGACUCGCAGCUCAGCUCUGCUCCAGUGGUCACAUGGAGAAGUUGACCAACUUUUUUUGGAGUUUAAAGGUUUGAUGUACAAAAGAUGGGACAGCAGUGAGAUAGAAGAGAAGUAAGAGGUCUACUAAUGUGUUAGCUACUGAUCAGACUUUAAAUUAUUUAGAACUAUGGGUUAUAAUCAUAGAUUUCUGCCUGUUGUGAACUGCUUUGUUGACUUUAACAGUUUGGCGUUUUCCUGUUCUGACGGGGGUCCUUCAGGACCCAUCUGCUUCAUAAGAAGACAAUCGGCUCUGACUGUGUCUGAAGAACCAAUAGAUUCCCAGAACCUGUUUUUGAAGGGUUUUAAAAUUUGUUUUGGUUUGUUUUUUUUCCUCACCUAACUUUAUUUAAUUUACCAAAGAUUAUGAGCCUGGGGUCAGAAGGACCAAAGGAGGUAGCCGACGGGCCCUGUGUUCAGCAGGCCUUCCCGUUGUUCAGCAGGGGUCAGGCUUUAUGUUAAGGUCUGAUAUUCCAAAUGGUUUUAAUUGAAGGUGUCUUAAAAGAUCCAACCUUCCCUGUUACUGUUACUUUCUCCUCUUCAGAAAUUCAUAGGUUCUGAUUAUGUUGGAGCAAGAACUGCUCUGUUGGUUUCUAGGAGUCUUAGUGUGUUUCUUUUUUUCUGAUCUUAUUUUUGAGCAUUUCUUCCUGAAUCACUGUUCUCCAGAGGUGCAAAUGUUGCUGGGCUUGUGGACCAGUACUGGACCUGGUUCUGGAGCCUUGUUUUGUUUUGUGUAGAGCAACUUUCCACAGACCCUGGAUCAGAUUGUUGGUCUGAUUGGAUCUUAGUUGGACCACUGUAAUCAGCUGUGCAGCAGCUUUUAGCUUGUUUGAGGGUUCUGGUGCUUUUGGGUUCAGAUCUUGUUAUGAAGUGUCUGAUGCUCUCAGUCUGGACCCAGACCAUAAGCUACAGUAGCCACACUUUUAAUAGAGCCUCUGUCACCUGGACAACCUUGUUGGGUCAGAACCACUGCAUUACAAGCUCUUUAUUCAAAGCAUUUUGGUUUUGGUGGCAAACGGCUUGAACUAACAAUCCACCGGUUUUUUGAAGAGUGCCCCCUAGCUGAGGGCCCAGAAGGGACAGUUAUGCUCUGGGUCAACAUGUUUUAUCAGAAUCUUCAUGUUAUUACAUGAUUCUGCAGAUUGAAGCUGUUUUCUUUUACUCUGGAAACAGUUCAGUCUGUCAUCACUCCUCUUAAAGUUUCCCCCUGGUGUGACAGACUGCACUAAUGAGCCCUAAAUACAUUAGAUAGAGUUAAAGGUGGAUUCUUUCUGAAUUAAAGCAGUAUUUAUCCUUAAAGGUCCCCAAAUAGUGGAGAACAAAGUUUGACUUUUCCCUAAGAACCAACGAGGAUGGUGCUCAGCUGAAAACUCAGCUGAUUUCCGGCCUCUGAUUGGUUCCUGUUCCUGGCAGGGGACUUUCUGCUUGCUUUAGAAGAAAUAUAGCUCCUUACAUGCCAGCUGUGUUCCUGUCUCUUCUAAAGCACGGUCCAGUUAGAGACAACCUCCAUUUAGUUUCCUGGUUCCUGA